AUGGCCUCCUCCGCCGCCGACCCAGCCCCCGCCGACACCUACGACAUCCCGUGGGUGGAGAAGUACCGCCCCACCCGCGUCGCUGACGUUGUCGGCAACUCUGAUGCCGUCACCCGCCUGGAGGUCAUUGCCCGCGACGGCAACAUGCCCAACCUCAUCCUCUCCGGGCCUCCUGGGACCGGUAAGACGACGAGCAUCCUGGCGCUGGCUCACGAGCUUCUGGGGCCCAGCUACCGCGGGCCGUGCUGGAGCUCAAUGCUUCAGAUGACAGGUUUCUGCCAGACUGCUACCUUGACGGGUUUGGAUGUGGUGCGGAACAAGAUCAAGAUGUUUGCCCAGAAGAAGGUCACCCUGCAGCCAGGGCGGCACAAAAUCGUGAUCUUGGAUGAGGCUGACAGCAUGACAUCAGGAGCACAGCAAGCUCUGCGAAGAACAAUGGAGAUCUAUUCAAACACCACUCGAUUUGCACUAGCAUGCAACACCUCAUCAAAGAUAAUUGAACCCAUUCAAAGCCGAUGUGCUAUUGUCAGGUUCUCAAGGCUCUCUGACCAGGAGAUCCUUGGCCGCCUCAUGAUUGUUGUGGAAGCUGAGAAGGUUCCUUAUGUGCCAGAGGGGCUGGAAGCUAUCAUAUUUACUGCUGAUGGUGACAUGAGACAGGCUUUGAACAACCUGCAAGCAACAUUUAGUGGGUUCCGCUUUGUUAAUCAAGAAAAUGUGUUCAAGGUGUGCGAUCAACCACAUCCCUUACAUGUCAAGAACAUGAUGAAAAACGUGCUUGAUGGAAAGUUUGAUGAGGCCUGCUCUGCACUGAAGCAACUUUAUGAUUUGGGAUACUCUCCUACUGACAUUAUCACUACUCUCUUCCGUGUUGUGAAGAAUUAUGACAUGGCUGAAUAUCUGAAGCUGGAAAUGCUGAAGGAAACCGGAUUUGCACACAUGAGAAUCUGUGAUGGUGUUGGAUCAUUUCUUCAGCUUUCUGGUCUACUUGCGAAGUUUGCGCUCGUGAGGGAAACUGCAAAAGCACCAUGA